UAAAUUACUGAUACCAUCCGGGUAUAUCUCAAAAGCAUAUGAUAAGAUUGGCACACAACAUGAAUUACGCCCAAAUAAAACUCCAAAUUGAAGUAUUUCACAAUAACAGUUGAAAAGAGAACACUGCAAAAUGUUCUGCUGCCAAAGUAAUCCAAACAGAGAUCAAAAGCCCAAAAAUAUUUUGUGGCAAAAAGAUAAAUUGACCAAUUUCACUACGUACAUCGAUAUUUUUAAUAUAAAAGGUCAUAAAAUAUCAUUGGAAUCUUUAAAUCGUUUAUUUAUUGGAGAAUUUUCUCUAUUAAAACGAAAAGGUCAUUUAAAAGUUUGGACAGAAGCUGGAAAUAAAUUAUUUGUAAAAGAAAUGUGGUUGGAUGCCAUGAGAGCGUAUAAUAUGGCAUUGCCGGACUCUAUUCAAAUGGAAGAGAUUUAUUCGCUUCGUGCGCCUUGCUUCUAUCAUUUAAAAAUGCCUGAACAAUGUUUGAUUGACUUGGCGAUGAUAAAGAAAUGUUCAAAUGGAAGCCUACCCAAGGAACUACAAAACAUCGAAUUGGAAGCACGUCAACAAAUCAGUGAUUACAAUUCAUCGAACGAAGGAAAUAAAUCGAUACUGUUUAGUAUUUGCGAACCGGCUUUGGACUUUGAUGAGCAUGAGAAAUACAAUGGUGUAGCCAACUGCUUGGAAAUCAAUUAUAAUGAAAUAUUUGGACGACACAUCAUCACAACACAAGAUCUUAAAAUUGGCCAAACAAUUAUUGUUGAGGAACCAUACACGAUUGUUACUUCAUUCCAACCGGAUGGAUCCGGCUCUACCAUUCGUUGUUUAUCCUGUUUUCAGGCAUGUAAAAAUUUCAUUGCCUGUCCACAUUGUUCCUAUGGUGUUUUUUGCAAUGAAGAUUGUAUUAAGAGUUCAUUGCAUAAAUUUGAAUGCAACAUGCCUGUAAUACUAUUUAUGGAAGGAAUGACUAAAUUUAAUCUUAUUUUACGAUUAAUUGUUAGAAUAAAUGAUGAUUUUCCCGAUGUCAAUGUUUUAAUAGAAACCGUCAAUUUGUUACGCAAUGGCAAAGAGGUGACUGGUUUGACGAGCGAUCGACAAAAGAACUUUUGCCUACUAUUUCAACUUGUACAUCAUCACGAAAAAUUGUCUUAUCAUCAAAUUGAAGAAUUACGCAAAGGUGCUGCUUGCGUGUUUCUUACUGUUAUGCGAUUUCCGGAAUUUACGAACAAAUUCAAUAACAAUUUUCGCCGUCAAUUUUUGCAACAUUUUAUCUUCCAUUUGUGUCAUUUUGCACCGCAUGCUUUUCGUUUGUUCGAAAACUGUUUGAUAGGAACCGAACAUGAACAUUCAUUAAAAGCUUUCGAAGAAAAAAGUCUUUAUGCGUUCGCUAUGUAUCCAUUCAGUUCGUUUAUAAAUCACUCUUGCAUACCGAAUGUUGCAUGGUUCUCGGUUGGAAAUCGAUUAGUAUGCAAGGUGCUCAGACCAAUUCGAAAAGGAGAACAAAUUUUUCGAACAUAUUUUUCUUCUGCAUAUACACAGAGCUCGGUAAGCUCAUCUUUGAUUGCUGAUUUUCUUAAAUAUCAAUAUCAGUUUGAGUGCAAAUGUUCGAUUUGUUUAAAAGAAUGUGAAAUUCAUUCAAAUCGCGAAACGAAUCUUGAGAACAAUUCACUUUAUAAUGAUGCAUUUGCAUGCGAACUUCUGUCGGUAAAUGCAUACAAAAAUCUACCAUUGGAAAAAAUUGAAUCGUACAUCGCAAAAGGAAUUGAGUUUCUAGAAGAAUAUGACCCAUUUCAUCCAAUCACCAAGACGAUGACAAUCCAGAGAACCUUGAUGAACCUUUGGAUGCUAUCAACGUCACGAAUGACGUUCUUUCACCGGUCAUUUUAUAUGGCUGUACAGGUCAGAAAAUAAACAAUUAUUUUUGAAAAUCUUACGACAAAUCAUUUAGUAUUUGAGUUUUUUUCGACUUUGUAUUAAAUAAAGAGUGAUCAAUAAAUCAUUUGGUACCACA